AUACAUACGUAUAAGUAUGCAAAUUUCAUGUGGGGAUGAAACAAAAUAAGAUCUUUUUGCACGUAACGACGAUUCUAGCAACUUCGAUAAUUAGACUGAUUAUAAUUCCUACAUCCACCGCUUUAAAUCAUAGGGAGCAUGUCAAAACCUCUGAUUUUUUACGCAAUCGGUAUUUCAGAAUAUAUAACAUAACAAUAUAGCCCAUAAGAUGCCAAGUCUCCAUACCACAGCCUUAGUAAAUGUCUGUACUCCGUUUGGUCUGUGUCUAUAUCUCGACUGUGCUGUUAUAGUUGUUACCAGAGAGGAAAUUUCCUCUCUACUGGUACAGUGCAAUAAUACAGUACAAAACAGAGAAAUCAAAGUAAUUAACACUAGGUGGAACUGCAUUCGCGCGAUAUCUGACAAAUGACGAAAUGACAAGCUAUUUGGAUUCAAGGUACAGUCUAAGAAUCACGAAGAUUUGAGUAGAAGCUUUUUCUUUUUUUUUUAUUUUUGUCAUAUACUCUAACGUGAAAUUUCUGCGAUAUGUUUUGAUAAAUCGUAAGUACGAUCUUACGACAGAGGUAAAUGGCGAGUUGUCAAAUGCAGCGUAACGCAAUCACCGCAUUUCAAAGAGGAUCAUCUUGAUUGUUGACAAUCAAAUAAGAUAGAAUUAAAUGAGUAAAAAAUUAAUAAGAUGGGCAAAUCGCGACUAUUGCCAUUGAAAUUGCCAUCAACCACCAAUAUAGUUAAUAAUGGAAUAGUUAAAGGAAAGAUAUCAUUUGUCCGAAGAUUAGCAGUAGGAUUUAUGAUCUUAGCUACACUUGGUUUAAUAUAUGUACCAGCAUACCAUUCAGCUCAAGGCCCAUUUUUAGGCUUAGGUGAGACUCCAUCUUCUCCAAAACACAUUGGUGUUUCACAUUUGGUAGCCUCAGUAGCGCAAUUGCCAGGAUGGGCAUAUAAUACUUCAAGAGAUCUUUGUGUAUAUAUUCAUCCAGAAAAUACAACUUCAGUUUUAAGUCCUAAUGAUAUAUGUUCUUCGUCACCAUAUCUUUUCAUAGUUAUUUGUUCAGCUGUUACAAAUAUCCAAGCUCGAACAGCUAUAAGAAGCACUUGGGCUAAUAAGAAUAAUUUAGAUAAUAUAUAUAACUCGACUGUAAAGAUAGCAUUUCUUUUGGGACAAAGUGAUAAUGAUACACUUAAUAGUAUAAUAGCUGAAGAAAGCCAUCAAUACAAUGAUAUCAUUCAAGAAAAAUUUUAUGAUACUUAUAAUAAUUUAACAUUGAAAUCUGUAAUGAUGUUGAAAUGGAUAACAUCAAAUUGUGGCCAAGCAAAAUAUCUCAUGAAAACAGAUGAUGAUAUGUUUGUAAAUAUUCCUAGUUUAAUGAAAACUUUACAAUCAAAGUCACUAACUGAUACAUUGUUAGGUUCUCUCAUCUGUAAUGCUAAACCUAUUUUAGAUCCAAAUAAUAAAUGGUAUACACCAAAAUAUAUGUAUUCAGGGAAAAUAUAUCCUAAUUACUUAUCUGGUACGGGGUAUGUAAUGAGUUUAGAUGUGGCAUUUAAAUUGUAUCAUGCAGCAUUAAGAACACCAUUACUUCACUUGGAAGAUGUUUACAUUACUGGUCUCUGUGCAAAACAUGCAAAAGUACGACCUGUAAAUCAUCCUGGAUUUAGUUAUGUUCCACGUAAACUGGAUCCUUGUACAUUAAAAAAUGCUAUUACAACACACAAAGUAAAUGUGUCCAGUAUGUAUGUUAUAUGGAACAAAUUGAAUGAUACAAGUCUCUCUUGUAGUAAUCAUUCUCAUAUUGAUAAGAAAUCAGUUACAUUAAGCAGAAGUGGUAGAAACAUUGGAUAUUAUACAGUAAAGAGAAGACCUAUUAACAAAUGUGUUUAAAUUAACUAAAAUUUUUAAGUAUUAAACCUGUUAUUUAUUAUUGAUUUAAUAUUUAUUAAAACAAAAUUCUCGAUAAGUAUUAUGAUAAUUAUAAAACAGAGUCGUACUAAAAUUAUAUUGACGAAGAGAACUUUUUUUAAAGCUACAAUAAGAGAGAUUUAUAAUUGAUGUUUGAAUAAAAGUUUUACAGACUA